AUGGCGAACGUGCUUUUACAUAUUCUGAAUUUCCUGGUGAUUUUGGAGUCCAGCUGCGCUAAAGUCGCACCGGAGGAGCUCGGUGAAGCCGUGCGCCAAGGCGGAGAUGCCCCCAAGGCCGCGGAGCAGCAGCAGCGCGGCUUUGCGCACGACAGCGCCAACCGGGACAUGGUCUCCGUCAACAUGUUCAAAGUGUAUGAGAAGUACAGCAAAGAGCCACACAGCCACAAGGACGGAAAUACCGUGAGAAGUUUUAAAGCUGUCCCGGGAGUGUCACAGGGAAAAGAGUGGCUCCGUUUCAACCUGUCGUCCAUCCCGGAGUCGGAGCACAUCCUGUCCGCCACCUUCCACUUCCUGCACAAGCGGCCCCGCCACCACCAGCGUCCUUGGCGUUUCCGGCAUCCCCGCAACCCAUCACCAAGCGGCCUUCAGCACCUCCAGGCUCAGCACCAGCCGCAGCUCCUCUUCCGGGGAACAUCCCCCAACUCUGCUUUCGCAACAUGGCUGGGAAACAUAACUCUGAGUUCCUUUAAGAGAGGCUCUUGGCAAAACAGGGAUAUCACAGCGGUGUUGAAACAUGCGAGGGAUCUCAAUGAGCUUGUGGUCACAGUAGAGUUUGAUAUGGGCUUUGGGACAUCUCAGCUGCAGCACAGGGAUCACCCCGGCCAAGAGCGCUUCUCAUCGGCUAACCUGCCGUAUAUGCUGGUGUACGCCGACGACCGAGCCAUUGAUGAACCUAAUAGUGUGGCCAUGUCGCUCCAGCGGUACGGACCCUUCCCGGUUGGGGAGGACCCGGUGCGAUUCCCAGGCGCAGCCUCGAGGAUCAGGAGGGAGCUUCCUCUUUCUCCUCUUGGCCAGAUCGACACCAACGACCUCCCGGAGGUUCAGUUCAACACGUUGAAGAACCACGAACUGUGGCAGAGCACGUACUUCCCUGCCAAGGCCAAAGUGGCCGUGAAACCCGGGCGAAAGCAGGGCCAGGAGAGCAGCGAGGGUCUGAGUAAACCCCAGGUGCUGAGCUUCGACGAGAGGACUAUGAAGAAAGCCAGAAGGAGACAGUGGAGUGAGCCCAGGGUUUGUGCCAGGCGCUACCUCCGGGUGGAUUUCGCAGACAUCGGCUGGAGUGAGUGGGUUCUGGCCCCAAAGUCAUUUGAUGCUUACUACUGUGCCGGGACCUGUGGAUUCCCCAUCCCGAAAGUGGUGCGUCCCUCCAACCACGCCACCAUCCAGAGCAUCGUCAGAGCUGUGGGAAUCGUCCCCGGCAUCCCUGAGCCCUGCUGCGUCCCAGACAAGAUGAGUCCGCUCAGCGUGCUCUUCCUCGACCCCAACAGGAAUAUGGUGCUCAAGGUUUAUCCCGGCAUGUCCGUGGACACCUGCGCCUGUCGGUAGGACCGGGACAGGGUGAAAGUGAGGCGGACUUACCGUAGGAGGGCAUCUUUCGCAUCGAAGAGUUCAGCAGUGGUACAACUCAGCGAAGAG